CAGAAAAUCAGCGCACCGACCGCUCAUUUUCAGGUUAUGUUGUAAAACUAUUGUUUUAUUUUGUAAUUUAACUUAAAACGAUAAGCCUAGCUGCAGCUUGAGUUAUAAGUUCCAAUAAACUUCACCAUUUCUACUCAAAGGAAGAUGGACUACUUCAAUAUAUCUUUUCUGUCCGGUCUUGGAUGCGGAUUGUGUCUUGGACUAUCUUUGUUUGCUUUCAAAAAAUACUUCACGAAAGCCUCCGAAGCUGUUGAAGUUGUGAAAAAGUUUGCAUCCAAUGAAGAAUACAAACUAGUUCUGGUAGUCCGGACUGACUUGCAAAUGGGAAAAGGAAAGAUAGCGGCGCAGUGCGCGCACGCAGGGGUGGGAGCAUUCGAGAAAGCGCAGCGGAAAGAUCCUAAAGGCCUGAAGACUUGGCAGAACAUGGGUCAAGCAAAAAUUGCCCUGAAAGUGGAUUCUGUAGAAGAAAUUAAGAAAAUAGCAGACACUGCAAAACGCAUGGGUCUUGUAACUUCGUUAAUUCGUGACGCCGGAAGAACACAGAUAGCUCCCAACACUAUUACAGUGUUAGGAAUUGGCCCAGCACCUAAGGAUGUUAUAGACAAAGUUACUGGUCAUUUGAAAUUACUUUAAGAUGGUUUUGAUUUUUGCAAUUCCUGUAUUAAGAAUAAAUGGUAAAAAUAUUA